AUGAGACGACGUGAAGUCGAAGGGGAAGUACUUCAGUUACGACUGGCCGAAUCAAACUUUCAAAGGAGCAUUCAGGCUUUACUGGAGAAGCCAACCUGCCCACCGAGGAGAUUCGAGCGGGGAGAAAUUCAAGCAGAAGGUGAAGAUGCGCAACUAAGACACCCUCCAGAGCCUGAAAAUCAGGAACAAGAAGACGAGCAGCUAAGAAAUCCUCCAGAACCUGAAAUUCAGGAGCGAGAAGAUGCGCGACCGGAGAACCCACCAGAGCUCGAAAAUCAGGAACGAGAAGAUGAUCUGCCGAGAAAUGCUCAAUAG